AUGGAGCUCCCGGCCACAUACGAACUCUCCACCUUCCCGCCCUUCGCACCACCCCUCCAGAUGUCCAACGCCCACAUCCACACAUCGUCAAUCCGAUGGGAGGUCGUGCAUGUCAUUUUCGUCUUCCUCGCCAUCCUCUUCUUCCCCUUCAUCGUCAUCUCCAACAUGUUCAUCGUGGCGACCACCCUCCUCAUCCCCACCCUCCACACGCCCGACAACUGCAUCAUCACCGCUUUGGCGCUGGUGGACUUCAUGGUGGGUGCCUGGAGCAUUCCGGUCUACGUCUUAUACGAGGUGCAGGAGACCAUGGUUUUCAUCCGAUCCAACAAAUGGACGUGCGUGAUCCGAUACGUGGCCGAGGAGUGGGAGUACUUUUCCCUACAAAUGCUGCUCUUACUCUGCGUCGAUCGGUUCGUCAGCGUGAACUGUCCCUUCUGGUACCAGAGAUACGUCACCACCCGGCGGGCCGUGGGGGCCAUUCUCGUGCUGUUUGCGGAAGGGGUCAUCGAGGCUGUCGUCGUUUACUCCAGACUCAUGGUGUUCGACCCCAACAAACUGCCCAUCGAUCAACGGUGCACCUACCACAUGAACUUCCCGUACGCCUACCGGCAGAUUUAUAUCGAGGUCAAACGCGGGCUGCAGCUGGGCAUAGCGCUGUGCUUGAGCGUCCAAGUGGCGGUCGUUUCGUUGAAACAGUCCCGGAAGUUGAAAAGAGGCCAUUUCUAUUUCACCUCCAAGCAGAGGUCAGAGUUCAAGCGCAAGAUGAUCAGCGUGAAGAUCACGAUGAUCCUCAUGUUUUUGUUCAUAAUUCUAUGGCUGCCCACCCUUCUGCUCGGUCCGUCUAAGAUCUUGUUCAACGGCAGAGAUGCUCAUACCUACAUGAUCCUCAUCCGACUCCCCGUUCUCGCCAACUCCUUCAUCAACGCUCUCGUCUACGCGCUGUCCCGCAAGACAUACCGACAGGCCUACUGGUUCCUGCUGACCACGCCCCCUUGCAAGUGGGCGGGGCUUCGCACGUCGCUCAGAGCCUUCAACAAUCACGGCUUGACCUCCACCAGCUUUUUUCAAAAGAGGACGUUCCAGGAGACUGUGGGCCGUAUCAGCCGGAAUCCUAGCCAGUGUGCUCAGUGGUCAGACGUAGACACGCGUGAAAAGGGACAGAAUGAGAACACUGACGAUGACUUCACUCCAGAAACAUAACAAGAAUUCCCUUCC